UUGAUGCAACAAGGACAUUUGCUAAGUCGGUGACAUUCAUGUUGUUCCGGUAUCCAUGCCUGUAAUGCUAUAGUAAAUAGUGUCUAUAAUGAAUAUAAUACGGUCAUCGUUUUCAAGAUUUCGUGGUGUGAUUUGCUCCACCAGGAAUUCAGCACUGCAGCUUCCAAAGUCCAGUGGAUCCCAGCCACAGGCACUGAGUGUAUGGGUGCUGUCCCGGGGUAGUGUUCCACCACAGACCCCUCUAUAUGGACCUCUCACAUCACAGGCAGAGGGGGUCGAAGUGUUCCAGCAACUCCCCUGGAACUAUCAGCAGGUUCGCACAAAGAAGCGGGGCACAGAGUACCAGCCCAAAAAUUUAAAGCGGAAGAGGACACAUGGCUGGAUCAAGAGGAUUAGUACCCAAGGUGGCAUCGAGGUGAUUCUUCGUAGAAUGCUGAAAGGGCGAAAAUCCCUGUCACACUAAGCAACCAAUGGACCUUUUUUCUGUGAACUUAAAAAAGUUGAGGUUUUACCACCAUGUUGAAGAGGCCUAACCUAAAGACUCUGGUCAAGUUUUGUGUUCAGCUGGGUGUCUGAAAUAUUAAGGCAGAUGUGUUUUUCCAUAAGUGGUUUGUAUUUUACCAUAAUACUUGUAUACAACUGUCUUGCAGAGCCUAAGAAGUAUUGCAGUGUGCUGUUGUUACCAAUUGCAAAUGGGAAAAUGAAACAUGUAAUAAACGACCCAGAAAUACUCA